UCCAAAAUCUGAAUUUGCAAAGAUGCUUGCGGUCGUCCUACGCUCCCGGGCCCUCCUCCAGUCAAGCAUGUCGCGACGCCAGUUGCCGCGCGCCGCCUUUACGACGUACUCUGGAGGCCAUGCGUCCGAAGGCCAAGGAGGUUUCUAUGGCUCGUUGAAAUCACGUUCGGAAGGCACUGCCAAGUUCACACCUGGGUAUCGUGCAGAAGAAGCCGACAUCCGUCACCUCCAAACGUUGAUGCAGCAAGCCAACAGCGCUUCGUUUGCGCAAGUGGUGGCAGACGAGAGUACCCAGCAGCUGAUUGACCGAUUGUACUUCAAGGGGUCGCCCGUGUGGGGCCUUUCCCUCAAAGAACGCGAGUUCGUGUCAACGUUGCGCAUGACACCUCUCCCCUGACGCCGUUUUGUCUCUCUCUAUCUCUCUCUCUCUCUGUAAUCGAAUAUUAACAUGAUGUUGCAUUAUCUUUCGUGUACACGUCCUUGAUCUCCACGUGCUUGAAGAAACGACGGGACGGACUCUCGCGACCUUAGUAUGUCGACGUUGUCGUCUUCGUCGGUGCCAUCAUCUUGCCCCAGCUCCUCUUCCACGAUCGUCACUGUGUGUUCAUCCAAGCUGCUCUUCCGCUCCUACAUCCAUCCAUCCAUCAACGACGCGUGCCAUGCCCCAGGCUUACCACUGUCACGGCCUUGGCCACGAACGGGUUGCUCAUUCGCUCCUUUUGAAAGUCAUACGAUACCGUGAGGUCGUACACGGCGUUCUCGUACGGGUGAUGGGGCCGCUUGCCUGCCGCCGCGUGCUUCUUCUUGGAUGGCGGCGGCGGCUGCCAUUCCUUCCGCGGCGCCGUGGACGAGAACGACGUCAUCUCACUCAACUCGUCGCCGUAUUCGCGCUCCAAAUGGCAGUAAUCACUCGGAAAUGAGCUGCUGCUUUGCGACAACGAUCGCCCGCCGCUGCUACUUCCAUCGCUCGAUCGAGUGUCGUUCAUGGGAAUCGCCAUCGGUUCCGUCCGCGGCUGCUUGCACGUGUCCAGCAUCACGUUGAACGGAUUCAAUCGAUCUUCGUCAUCGGGGGCGGGCACGUCGUCGUCGUCGUCGU